AUGCGGAAUAUUUGCUGGCUACUUGCUGUUCCCAUGGCCAUCCUGCCCUUGGGCUGUGCCAUUGUGGGCACAGGACGGGAUUUUCUAUUGACACCCAAACAUGGACAUCAACUGACGGGCAAGCGGAUUUUCUACGAGGAGCCGACAGAGGCAAAGGCCCAGAAUCAGAGACGGAAUCCCUUAGAGCGUCCUUGGGAGCGAACUUUAAAGCAUGUCACAUAUGUGACACUCUUCACGGACUCCGCUGUUGGCGCAGCAGCUGGAAAUCUGAGCCAGCUGCACGAGUACCAUGACUUUCUGCAGACACCGUAUGUUCCGGCGGAUGCCCAGGGCGGAGCUGCAAUUGGAGGAGGAACACCAUCCGCACGCUUCGGUGAUAUUAUAACACUGGCCAAGGGCUAUUUAGAGCAGCUGCCAGGAUCAGGAAAUGCAUCCUACCGUUUCUUGGAAGGGGGCACGUGCUUCCAACUUAAAUGUCCCACCUCGAAUCCUAAUCAGCGACGGGCUCUAUGGCAAGUUCAACGCAUUCGCCAUCGAGAUGGGGAUACGGGACGUCACUAUCAUUACGAGAUGAAGUUCAGUGUGACGCCGUUGGACAAUAAGGCAUGGCAGCCGCAUCAUCAGAUGAGCUAUAUCCAAAAGGAAUCCGACUAUCCAGCCAGCUUUGGACGAUUGACACACGAUCAGGGUUUCGCGCAAAGACGUCAGGAUAGAGAGCGAUACGCAUCAGUGGCGGCUGCUCCAAAUGCGGAGCAGUCGCAGGCCACCUUUGUCCAUGGUAUUUUUCAGCCUGCUCCUUCUCCGCCAAAACUAAACAUUGGUGAGUAUCUUAAGGGUGCGGUGGGUCAGGGAAGUCCCAAAAUCGAAAUUUUUCCGGGACUUUUCAAUCUGGCACUGCGUCCCAAUUAUGUGGCACCAACAACCUUUCGUCCAAACUAUCCGGUUGCAUUGAAAUUUGGAACACAUUCGGAAUUGGAAAGAUUUCCUGGUCACAAUAGUGAUUUGGUUAAUGCUGGUCACGUGGCUCCUGGUGAAGUGGCUUCCACGCCGGGUGCAGUGACUCAUCAUUUUCAUCAUCAUUUCUAUGUAGCACCUGGUGCUGGUGAAAAUCCGUUGCACCCGGAGCUGGCUUACCGCUUGCCAAGCUCCACACCUCCAGAACUCACCACCCCAGUUAGCAAUACAGCAUCCAGUUUCUAUCCCCACCAUCAGACAGUUCAGUUUCCCAACUCCAAUUCGGGAUCAUCCGAGUCUCUAGAGGAACAGGAGCAAGACUUACUGUUGCGUACACCGCAGAUUUAUGGACAAGCUUCCAAAUAUCAAACAGCUAAGGUGCCACCAUUAUUAAUAUAUGCAGGCGGUAGUUCUGGGGAUGAGGACAAAUCCUUUGUGCAAAGCGAACCGCUAGAGGAGACCGUGUAUCGCUAUUCCGAACCGGAUCCGUUAUAUAUGCACCAGAAUCCCAUCGAUGUGCUGCAGGAUAAGCAGCCUCACGAAGAGGAUAUCGCAGGGGUACAAGACGCAGAGCAAGAAAAUUAUCAGGAGAGAAACAAGGACAAAAAGCAUGGAGAUCAACGGCCAGUUAGCAGUUUGGAGCAACCAGAACUGGUUACAACUGUAGCACCUACCACGCCGGCAACUACAUCUUCCACCACAACCACUGAAACGACAACCACUGAGAGAACGACACAUGUUAUUCCCACAACGAGUGCCAGUUUUGUGUCCACCUCGACGCACUUUAGCCCACUGCGCUCCAUAAGUAGAUAUCGAACUACACCUCAAAAAAUUACUGCUGGUCGAUCGACCACGACAACCACUUCAACCAGUACAGAACCACCGCUGAGCAAAUGGGCCAAGCGUCGCAAGGAGCAGGAUAGCAAAGCCAAGAGCAGUCAUCGACACGAAGCCUUUGUCAGCACCACAUCGACCAGCUCUACAACAACUACACAAACACCUCAUUCAACAACCACUGUUACAGCAACUCCACCUGCACCACCGCCACCACCCGCUCCACCCAAGGUGGUGGAGGUGCUUACCCAGAAAUCGGUCAGUCGAUCGGUGAGCAUUAAGGUGGGCGAAAAUGGCGAGGAGAUACCAAUCAUAGUGGACGACGAGGAGAACGAGGUGAAACCAGUACCAAAUAAAUAAAUACAAAAGAAGAAAAUCCUAAUCUAAAACCCUAAAAAGAUAAUCCUAUGUGUAAGCUUAGUUGUAAGCAGAUCUAAUCCCAAAAUAAAAUCAAGUAAUCCGUAAAUACAGGGGCCA